CAAAAAUGAAUAAACAAUCCGACUUGUUAGUGUCUGUCGACUUGGGCACCACUUAUACAGGGGUCGCAUGGAUGACCCCAAGGACGCCGAUCCAGGUGGUCAACGAUUGGCCCGGCAGCGGUGACCGAGGAGAGCGCAAGGUGCCCACAAAGCUCGUGUACAAUGACGACGGCACACUCAGUUCUUGGGGCUUUAUAUGCGAAGAUGACGAUGACGGACCUGGAUCUGGCAAGAUCAGGCGUGAGUUUUUUAAGAUCUUCAUUGAUCAAGAUACACUAGAGGCAGCGCGGCAACAAGGUCUUUCGAGUGCACCGCAGGACACGGCGGAGGCGCGCAAGUACUUGACCGAUUAUCUGCGCCAGAUCUACGCUCAUGUGGAGGAGACGGUUGAAACGCAGCUGGGGAGACGCCACACGGGUGGUUGGACAGAUAUGGCUGUGACGUUCCUCUUCAGCGUGCCAACAACCUGGACCAACAUCGCCAUGGUCAACACGUUCAAAGGCGUCGUACGGGAUACUGGCUUUGGCACUGGGGGACCGUCGCAUGUAGCCCUCGUGGACCUCACCGAGGCCGAGGCCGCCUCUGUCGCGACGCUUAAGACAAGUGCUGUCAGUUUCCAAAAGGGCCAUGUCUUCUUAACCGUCGACGCUGGUGGCGGCACGACGGACCUGGCUCUCAUGCGCAUCACCUCGACCGAUGCCGUCUCUCCCCAAAUGGCGCAGGUCUCAGGUCAUAAGUUCGGAGAGAAGGUGUAUAUGCAGCAGAUAUUUAAGAUACCGAUGGAGGGGGUGGCUUUCGACUUUAAUCACCCGGGCUUGCGAGUCGAGAGGGGUCGAAUGCUGUUUACAAAGUGCGUGACACAGUACCCCAUUACGACUGAAAGUUUGCUGACAUCUAACAGAGAAGAGAUCCAAGCACUGUUUGAUGUUCAGAUUGAAGGCGUCAUGAGCCGGAUAAAGGAGCAGCUUGAGUGGAUGAGGGAAAAGGGCAUGAAAGACCAAGUGGAGUAUAUGGUUCUAGCUGGAGGCCUGGGAAGUUCAGCAUACGUGCGUGAUGCAAUACAGCAGCAACUUGUUGGGUACCCGCACCCAAACGCGCGGCAUGUCAUUGUCGUCCCAUGUCAAGAGCCUCAACUCUGUGUCGUCCGCGGCCUCCUCCUCGACCAGCAGCAGAGGUUCCAGACGGGAAGCCUACCGGUCUUGGCGACACGGGUCGCGCGCUCGAGCUACGGUAUGGUCGUUAUGGAGCCGUAUGAUCCGGCCGUUCACUUUGACGAGGAUGUCAAGACGGAUAAGUACGAUCCGAAGAUCAAAUGGGCCAGAAGCCAGAUAGAGUGGCUAAUACGCAAGGGCGAUGUCAUUGAUCCAAACUCAUCUCUCAUCAAAUCAUUCAAGAUCAAGUUGGAUCCCGGAAGCACCACGAGGUCUUGGGACGCCAUCAUUGUCAUUUCCAACAACGAGCCGCACCUUCUCCCCAGAAGCAUGAAGCACGCGGGCGCAAAGAAGCUAUGCGUAGUUAAAAGCAACCUCACAGGGGUCCAGCAAGAUCAGAUGGUACUUAACAAGAAUAGACGGUCAUGGUAUCGCAAAGGGGUGCCCUUCUAUCACCUGCAGUUUGACGUGCACGUCAUUGUUGCACCCGCGGACCUUCGCUUCGAACUGUGGUUUAACGGGUAUAGGUUCUCGGGCAACCACGAGCCGAUUACUGUGACCUGGGACUAAGUUGCUAGGUCAAGGUUGGGCGUUUUGAUUUGGUAUUCGAGCUGCAUGACGUUUGUCAGGAUGGGCUCCUCUAGAUAGCUUUUCUAUCAGAGACUCUAAUUCCACAUAAAUAU